AUGUUUCAUGUAUGUUCACUUCAAUUGAUGGUCAAUGAAUGUUCAUUUAAUGAUUAUCAUCGUAAUUUCACAUACGAACUUAAGUUAAGUCUUUUACAUCUUAGUUCAUGUCAAUCUAUUGUUAUUUCAAGUCUUAUAUCAUCUUCAUCUGUUACUAAAGAUGAUUUCAUUAAUCAAAUAAUUAAUCUUCAAGAAGCUUUCAAAUUACUUUGCACAGCUUAUAUUGCAACUUUUCGUCUUCAAGUUAAAUAUGUACUUGAAUUUAAAACAACAAUUCAAUCUGAAGAUUAUCUCUCACAUGCAUUUUUUCUCUUUCAAAUUGGUACUAUUGUACAACUCUUGACACAAAUAAUGACAAACAAUAAUUGGAAAAAACAUAUUUCAAAAAUAUCUAAAAAGAAUACAAUAAAUUUAAAAGAACAAUUGAAAUUACAAUGGCCACGUUUAUUAUCAUCUUUGAAGAGUAUGGUCAUUAUUGGAGUUGGUUUAAUCUUUGUAUUAGUAUCUCGUUUAGCAGCAGCAUUUGAAAAUGGACAAUGGAUUUUAGUUACUCUUUGUAUGACACAAGGUGAUAGUGUAGGUGAAGCAUUUACAACAACGAAAAUAAGACUUAUGGGAACAUUACCUGGUACACUUACAAUAUGUCGACAAAGUAUUAUUUCAAUGCAUUCAAUUUAUGAUCAAUUAUUUCAUCAUAAUCAUUCUCGUGAAUCUAUUAUUCGUCUUGAAUUAGAACAACAAAAAAUUGAAUCAUUUAUUGAUGUUCAACGAAGUUGUUUUCAUCACUUAAUUAGUCUUCAACGAACUCUAGUUGAACAUGCAUCACUUGAACCAACUUUUUGGUGGAUUAAUAAUAAUUUCUCAACAAAAUAUUAUAAUGUGCUUAUUCAACAACAAAUUAAUAUAUUUAAAAUGUUACAUAAUAUAGAUGCAACAUUAAUGAGAAUUAAUGAAUAUUCACAACGUAUUGAACAUCUUCAAUUGGAUGCUGCUGAUGGUCAUUUUCCUCCAAAUCUUCAUCGAGGAUUUUCUGAUUUAAGUAGACAAUUGAAUGAUUGUUUUCAUUUAUCGAUAUCUU